CGGCGCCGAGAGCAGGCAGGGUUUCUUGAGGCGUCCCCCUCGCCCCGUGGCCCCGCUGCGCGCGCGCCGCGCCCCGCAGCCCCUCGCCGGCGCCCGCGUCGGGCGCGGCGGCCGGGCGGGGCAGUUGCCGCCUUUCCGCCGCGUCCCGCGCCCGGUCCCUAUGGAGGCGCCGCUCGCCGGCGAGGCCGCCGACCAUGCCUAGGCGGGCCGGGAGCGGGCAGCUGCCGCUACCCCGGGGCUGGGAGGAGGCCAGGGACUACGACGGCAAGGUCUUCUACAUCGAUCACAACACCAGAAGGACCAGCUGGAUCGAUCCCCGGGACAGGUUAACGAAGCCCUUGUCCUUUGCUGAUUGUGUUGGGGAUGAGCUGCCGUGGGGAUGGGAAGCAGGGUUUGACCCUCAGAUUGGUGUCUACUACAUCGAUCACAUCAACAAAACCACACAGAUAGAAGAUCCAAGAAAGCAAUGGAGAGGGGAACAGGAGAAAAUGCUCAAGGACUAUCUCUCAGUGGCUCAGGACGCACUCAGGACCCAGAAGGAGCUGUACCACGUGAAGGAGCAAAGACUGGCUCUGGCCCUCGAUGAAUAUGUACGCUUGAACGAUGCCUAUAAGGAAAAGUCAAGUUCUCGCACAAGCCUAUUCUCAGGUUCUUCAUCCAGUACUAAGUAUGAUCCUGAUAUUUUGAAAGCUGAGAUCUCCACGACACAGUUAAGGGUGAAAAAGCUGAAGAGAGAACUCUCACAGAUGAAGCAAGAACUGCUCUAUAAAGAACAAGGCUUUGAAACAUUACAACAAAUUGAUAAAAAGAUGUCUGGAGGCCAGAGUGGAUAUGAACUUACUGAAGCCAAAGCCAUCCUAACUGAACUAAAAUCUAUCAGAAAGGCUAUUAGCUCUGGAGAAAAGGAAAAGCAGGAUCUGAUGCAGAGUCUUGCCAAGCUACAGGAGCGAUUUCAUUUGGAUCAAAACAUGGGCAGAUCUGAGCCAGAUUUGAGAUCCAGUCCUGUGAACUCUCACUUGUCUCUCUCCAGACAGACCCUUGAUGCCGGGUCACAAACCAGCAUUUCUGGAGAUAUGGGAGUGAGAAGUAGAUCACACUUAGCUGAAAAGGUCAGGCUGAGUCUACAGUAUGAAGAAGCCAAAAGAAGUAUGGCAAACUUAAAGAUCGAGCUAUCGAAACUGGAUGGUGAAACCUGGCCGGGGGCGCUGGAUGUUGAAAAAGAGAGACUGAUGCUCAUCAAUGAAAAGGAAGAACUGCUGAAGGAGCUGCAGUUUGUCACCCCGCAGAAACGCUCCCAGGAUGAGCUGGAGCGCCUGGAAGCCGAGCGCCAGCGGCUGGAGGAGGAGCUGCUGGCCGUGCGGCGAGCACCAAGCCGUGCCCUGGCUGAGAGGUUGAAGCUGGAAGAGAGAAGGAAAGAGCUGCUACAGAAACUUGAAGAAACUACCAAAUUAACUACUUCAUUGCAUUCACAGCUCAAAAGCCUUUCGGCCAGCACCCUGUCCAUGUCAUCUGGAAGCAGCCUGGGAUCCCUGGCAUCCAGCCGGGGCUCUCUGAACACCUCCAGCAGGGGUUCACUCAACUCACUCAGCUCCAGCGAGCUGUACUACAGCAGUCAGGGCGACCAGCUGGAUGCAGACUACCAGUACAAGCUGGACUUCCUCCUACAAGACAAAGGGGGUUAUAUCCCUUCCGGACCCAUCACCACCAUCCAUGAAAAUGAGGUGGUCAAGUCUCCAGGCCAGCCUGGCCAGACUGGACUCUGUGGGGGGGCAGCCACAGCUGCCGGCCCUGCCCCACCGCUGUCCGAGGCCCCCAAGUCUGUGACGUCCCUGUCCUCAAGGUCCUCUCUUUCCUCCUUGUCACCUCCCGGCUCACCCUUGGUCUUGGAGGGCGCGUUCCCCAUGUCCCCACAUGAUGCCGCUCUCCGUCCAUUCACUGCUGACUUCGAAGACUGUGAAUUGAGCAGCCGCUUUGCAGACAUCGGCCUGGGUGAGAAUCAAAUACUGCUUGACUCUGACUCUGGAGGAGCGUCCCAGGCCGUGCUGGAGGAUAAAGACCUUAGCGGGUGUGCCAGGGAGCCUCUGUAUGAAGGAGCUGCAGAUGUGGAAAAGUCACUACCAAAAAGAAGAGGAAUCCACCUGCUUGGGGAGAAAACACCUGGUGUAUCGGCUGCUGUGUCUGACGAGUCCGUGGCUGGGGACAGUGGGGUCUACGAAGCUUUCAUGAAACAGCCGAGUGAGCUUGAAGAUGUUCCGUACGGGGAAGAGGAUGCUGCCAUCAUGGAGACCGCCCAGGUGCAGAUUGGGCUCAGAUACGAUGCAAAAAACUCCAGCUUCCUGGUGAUCAUAGCACAACUUCGAAAUCUUCAUGCCUUCUUGAUACCUCAUACUUCAAAAAUAUAUUUUCGGGUUGCUGUGCUGCCCUCCUCAGCCGAUGUCAGCUGUCUCUUUCGGACCAAAGUCCACCCGCCCAUGGAGGCCGUGUUGUUUGGCGACAUGUUCCGAGUGGCCAUUUCCCAAGCCACCUUACAGCAGAAGACACUACGAGUUGACCUUUGCUUGGUGCGGAAGCACUGGCGGGAGGAGUGCCUGGCUGGAACUCAGAUCAGCCUGGCAGAUCUACCAUUUUCCAACGAGGUUUUCACUCUGUGGUAUAACUUGCUACCUUCCAAGCAAAUGCCUUGCCGACAGAAUGAAGAAGAGAAAGAAGAUUCUGUAUUUCAACCAAGCCAGCCAUUAGGAGACUCCAUAGACCUGGAUGCAGUGUCAGCCUUACUGGCAAGAACAUCAGCUGAGCUGUUGGCUGUAGAACAAGAGUUAGCACAAGAAGAAGAAGAGGAGGAACCAGAGCGAGAAGAACAAAGGGGUCCGGAUGGUGACUGGCUGAUGCUGCUAAGAGAGGCCGCCAACAAAAUGGUGGCUGAAAACGAGGCUGACGUUAAGUUGCUAAAGGGCAGUAGCCAUACAGAAGACUCAACUUCGUGCAUGCACAUUCCAGGGAUGAAUGAGGAUGGGAGCAGGAAAGAAAACAACUGUGCCAAAGACUUGGGAAGUCAGACACCUCCGGGGACCCCCAUGCUGGUUGAUAAAGAGACGAACACGGAUGAAGCAGUUAGUGAAGGGGUGGCGGUUCGACCCAAAGACCGAAGCAGCCUGGGCUCAAGACAGCCGCCCUUCACGCGGAGCAGCGUGAUAGUGCGCUCACAGACCUUUUCGCCGGGCCAACGGAGCCAGUACGUCUGCAGGUUAAAUCGAAGUGACAGUGACAGUUCAACCUUGGCUAAAAAAUCCCUCUUUGUGAGAAACUCCACUGAACGGCGCAGUCUGAGAGUCAAAAGGACGGUGUGCCAGCCAUCCCUCCGAAGGGCAGCCCAGGAGUGCCCCGUGCGAACCUCCCUAGACUUGGAACUGGACCUGCAGGCAUCUCGCACCAGGCAGAGCCGCCUCAACGACGAGCUGCAGGCCUUGCGAGGCUUGCGGCAGAAGCUGGAGGAGCUGAAAGCUCAGGGAGAGACCGACCUGCCGCCAGGGGUGCUGGAGGAUGAGAGGUUCCAGAAGCUCCUGAAACAGGCUGAGAAGCAGGCUGAGCAGUCAAAAGAAGAGCAGAAGCAGGGUUUGAAUGCAGAGAAACUGAUGAGACAAGUCUCCAAGGACGUGUGUCGGCUUCGGGAGCAGAGCCGGAAGGUGCCUCAGCAGGUGCAGUCCUUCAGGGAGAAGAUGGCUUACUUCACCAGGGCCAAGAUCAGCAUCCCCACGCUGCCUGCAGACGAUGUGUGACCGUCGCUCACGGUGCCGUUUACUCACCUGUUUGCUCAGUCAGGGAGGGUGAAAGACUGAACUUUGGUCUUCUUUCUUCCUUUUACUUUAUUAUUAUUAUUAUUAUUUUUGUAAUGUAAUUGUCAACUCUUGAAAAACUGUUAUUUCACAUCUUAUUUUCGUCAUGUUGAUUUAUAAAAAAAUACUUUAAAAAUAUAAUAUUUUUAAAAGAAAGAAAAAACAAGCUAACACAAUGGGAUCAUGUAGUACCCAGAUGUGAUGUACCCUUGAGUGCAUUGCUGGUGGGCCGUAUGGUAUGCGAAUGCAGUGGAGGCAGGACCCGGUGUAUUUCCGAUAGAGGAGCGACUUGGAUUAGCACUGGGUGACAGGGGCUCCUCCAUUGUCUAACACGUAGCCUUACAGGAGGCCGUGGCACCCCAUGGGUGUCCUGACCCAGAGACCAGCUCUGUGGGAGCCCCGGGGGUGACUUCCACUGCUCAGCAACACAGUGCUAUGCUCCUGUCUGCCACCUAUGUGGGGACAUGUUAUUUCCUCAAAGUCUUUCCGUCCCUUUUGUCUAAAGAGAGCAAAACUGUAAAGUACUGCGUGCGAGUGUCAUUCAAGAAUAGGAACAGCACUCCUGGCGACAUUGAAGAGCGUGUGACGAUGGCAUUGUGGGGAAGGGAAAGAAGGGAAAGCACUGAUUACCCUAAAAUACCCGUAAAGGAAACCUGUCAGGUAGCCACCCCAGCCAGCCUGGUUGCACAUGCGUGUGCCAUAGUGGCUUUCUGGCCAGUGCUGGUGCCAGGCUACAGGUUGUGGGGUGUACAGCUGGCCCCAGCAGGACAGAUGUCUGACAUCCCAUGCCAAAACAGCCCUGUUGCUGGGCACUGGCAGACGGAGCCACCACCCCGGGAGGCUGGCUGGGCUGUCGGGGUUGCAGAAAGGAGCAAGAGGGAGGCAGCGAACAGAUUCCAGACACACACCAGAAGCAACUUGGCAGCUUGUCUGUGCGGAGUCUGUUUUAGGCUACGGUCGAGAGAUGGGAAGCAAAGGAAGGGUGUGCCUGGAGGACUGUCUUUCUAUUGGUAGGCUAAAUUGCUUGUAAAAAGAAAAAAAUAAUUAUUCUAAAUGAACAAAUUUUAAAACAAUAAUAGUAUGACCUCCUAUUAGAAUCUUAGUGUACCCAGCCCAGGCACUUGUUUAAAAAUAAAAUCUUCACUUUAGCCAUGCCAGCUUAAAGGCUUCUAAAAUAUAUGGUAUUUAAGCAACUUAAACUACCCUUAUUGUUAUGUCUAUUAUAUUAGAAGAAGCAGAUUUUGGAUAGCUAUUUUAUAUUGCACACUAAAACAACAAUCUAAAAAAAUUGUAAAUCAUCAUAAAGGAAUGGCCCCCUUCGAUAAAAAAAUUCGCAAGUUCUGUUGGUAAGCUAGAAUCCUCACUAGCAAAAACUUUUCCUGCCUUUAAAUUUACUGUACCUAUUUUAGAAAGUUCAUUUUGUCUGAAUCAAGGUUCAAAUUAAGUAGCUUCUGAGCCUAGAACUUUAAUUAUCUUUGUUUCUUAAAUGUCCCACCACUUAAGGAAAACUGGACAUGACAUUACUUUGAACAAAAACAAGCCUAGUGAAGAGACCGAGUACAGUCCUCCACGGCUGCCCAAUUUGUUCUCUUAGGUGACUAAGGCACACCAGUUCAAGAAUGCCAUUCAUCGUUGUUGAGGUCAAAUGUGAAAGAAGUUUAUUUAAUGUAAAGUUAAUGAAGGUCAGCUGUUCUCAGCUGCUUAGUUUGACCAUGAAAAUGUUUAUAGAAUUAUGUGUAGUUGUACCGUACGAUUUUAUUUUCUUCAUUUAUUUAUUUACGGUAUUAUUUAUGUUCUGUUUAAUAUAUAGUUUGGUUCUGGCCAUUUUAAAUGUUUGACAUAAAGAGGCUAUAUUGGAAUUUUUACAGCUUUAUGAAAUCUUCAUCAGAUUAGCAGUCAACUUUU